GGUGCAGCCCCUGACAGAGGUGAGCGCAAUGGGAGUAAUCCACUCCUCCUUAUAUUAGUAAGAGCCGGAACCAAGGAGAGAGGAGAGUUAACAGAGGAGUGAAUACUGGCCAAGACGGACGGACCGUAUAUAAAAGCCUUGCACAGCGUUAACUGUUAUCUGUGUCAUCGUCUUCGUUUGGGCAUAGUAACAGAAGCCUGAGAAGAUGACCAUAGCGUUCAGGAGGCAUCGUAGGGCGUUAAAUUAGAGUACGCUUUCACCAAUCACAAGAGCACAUACUUUACAGCAACGUACUAGCGGUACUAUGUAACGGCGAGUGGCGGACAGACAAGGCUGAGAGAUGUUGAUGCAUGAGCCAAUCAGCGUGAGGAACAGAAGUGAACGCUCAACUAGCCAAUAGAAUGAUGUGCACGAUCUCGUCCAGGUAAACAAAGCCAUUUCUAAAGCCAACACUUUCGUAUGUAUAAUUAUUUAUUUAUUUUUCCUUUUUUUAACUGUUUAAUUGUUUUGGGUUAGAAAAUGUUUUGUAUCACGAAAAUAUUCCCCGUGAAAACCGCAAUAUACCGAUACUUCCGCGGAACGGAGUAAAAAAAAAAUUCCGCGAUGUACUGAGGGAGCGAAAGGAGACUGUACUUAUCUAAAGACGUUGCAUAAAACAGACAGACAACUUCCGGGUCAUUGAAAAACACCCUAAGGCAAACUCGGGAUUGGAAAAGAAGCAAUGUUUUUUCUCAAUUUCAUUUUUUCACAGCAUCUAAAGUCAACUGAAGAGCCAUUUGCUAUCUUCCUUUUUAGAGUUUAAGAAAAACGACGGGAUAUAAGUCGUCUCCCGCUUUCUGGUGAUUGAUUUUAAAACGAAAAUCAUGUCGUUUUGUUUUUUAAUUUUUUAAUUCAAAACGGAAAUCGGAUGGCCGCAAUGUAUACGAACCAAGAACUGUACAAUAUGCGUGUCCUGUCGAGUUGGUCGGCUACUUCCGGCAGAGGCUGGACUCAGUGCGCGUGCGUCAUUGCUGCUCUCUUGGCGCCUGCAGCGGCUGCAGCGCUGGAUUUCUUGCUCUUCUUCUAUUGCUUCCAAUGCUGUUGCUGCUGCUUCCUGGCACUAUAGCACGUUUUUCUAGAGCGGAGCAGAGCUGACGCUCGUUCACCCCUCUCCUCCCCCGAGAGUUUCACCCUGUGCGUGAACAGAUGUCCACGGAGCCGCUGCUUCUCUGUUCGCCAAACCUUUGUGGGUCUGUGAAGAAAGGCGUUUGCUUCACUGGGGUUGGAUCACCUAGCACAGGCGGCCACUACCCUGACGACUAAUCCUGGACUUCUUUUGUGGCUUUUGCUCCCAUGAUGCUUGGGUUACAGGGAUCUACUACUUCCCCCAAAGUCUACCGCUGUGUGGCCUGUUCAGCCACUUUUAGUGGACUGUCUUCUUUGCUCGUCCAUCAGGCUUCACAUGCAAGCACACAAAACAAGGUCUCCUCUGUUGCCCAGCAGCCUAGCCUCAGCUCACAUGAAGGACUAUUUACAAGUACGCAGUCACCUGCUGAGCCUACUGUUUUGCCAGCAGUUCAUCCCGUGACUUCUCAGACUUCUUUUUACAUUUGUGAUUGUGGAGAGGAGUUUCAGAACUUCAGUCAAAUGCUGGAGCACAAGCGAUCCCAUAUUGCUGAAGUCCAACUCUCUCAGCCCAAGGAUAGCAAUAUUGUUACCCAACAUGUAUCACUCAAUCAGACUGUUACCCAACUUGAUGUGGUCCAUGAUCGACCCUCUACCUCCAAAUCCCCAAUAUCAUCUGAAUUGCCUGCACUAAAAGACUCAUUGCUAGCAGACAUCAGCUCAGGGGGUAAAGUUGCCAAAGUAGAACAAGGCCUGUCCACACCUCAAGGAGGAGAUGGUACAAAAACAGUUAACAGUGCACCCACAGUUGAAACGAUCUCAGAGACUGAAAAAUGUGUCGAGAACGAACAGACCCCUGUUUCUCAUAGUAAUAACAAUGACAGUUUGCCCAGUAACAAGUCAAUAAUGAAAUUGUUAGCAUCAGCAUACAGGCAUCGAUUUUCCUCCGCUCACCCCCCCAACCAUAAUGAUAAUAAACCCUCAGUUCCUCUCAAGGAAGAGGUUGUCCCUGUUGACGUGACGCCAAUAGCAAACCCUAUUCCUAAAGCUGACGUAUUGCCUGGCAAUGAACUCUCAGUUGCACAAUUGAAGAAACUACUUUCACAACCAGGUGGAAAGACAAAGGCCCCAUCCAUUAGCAAAGUUAUUGAGUUAAGUAAGAAAAGAGUUGUUUCUCUGACCAUGACCUUGUCACCAGUUGUGGUUCUUGAAACCCGAAAUAAACUGAGGGAUCCUGUGGGUAAUGCGUUAUAUGGAAUAUAUCAAUGCGGUCGCUGUCGUAGGGUUUUUCAGAAUUUGGAUAAGUUGACAGAGCAUCACUUCCUACACAAGAAAGAGAGGAUCAAGUGUUGUCGUCACUGUAAGCAGCUAAUCAUUGGGCGGGUACCUUUACCUGACAAUCACACAUGUCCCCAGAUGAAGAGUCGAAAUUCGCCAUCCCCACAUUAUCAAAGCAGACAAUCAUCUGCUCAAAAGGUGAAGCAACUCCAAGGCAACCCAAAAAAGGUCUACUUUUGCCCAUUGUGUAAACACACCUAUGCACGCAGAUGGAACCUCAAAAAACACAAGUGUGUUGGUUCUGCUCCCUCUCAGCAAACCGAAGCACCCAUUCAGAACAGGCUGUUAUUGAAAUCCAGCAGUAAUGGAGUGACAGAAAUGCAGGAAAAUCCAGAAUCCCUUCUUGUCAAGAGUGUUUCUGUGGGCACUGGAAUGGGGAAUCAUAUAAAGGUUGAGGGGGCAUCUCCUGACUCACAGCAGUCUUCAGGAUCACAGCAGGCCUGGAAUCCUCCAGCCGAACAUUUCCCACUAUUUUAUCCCAAAUCUUCAGUGGUUGGUCAGAACAAUGAUGCCUCUUUAAUUCCAUCACCGCAAGAACAAGAAAUGCACUGGAAUGAGGCUGCAGCCCAUGAUGAUGAUUCUAACAAUGACUAUGAUGAUAAUGAUGGUAAUGAAGGACAAUGGACGAUCCCCCUGGACCAUGACAUGGUAGGGUUUAAUGCUGCAGGUAAAGGUGAUGCUGAAAAAGAGAUAAACAAAUCUGGACCAGUGGUAGAUGAAGACUCAUCAAAUAACCUACAGUAUGUUAUUAGAGAUGGAGUUAAGUGGUAUCCGUGCAGCAGGUGUAAUAAAACCUACAGUCAGGCCUGUACCUUGAGACGUCACCUGCGGCUCUGUGCGUUCAGGCCACGUGUGCCAGGCACUGCAUCUUCCCAGCUGACUGCAGAUGGUUUAAGACUGUUUGCCUGUUUUUUCUGUGGGAGGAACUUUAACCGUAAAGAUAACAUGAUGUCCCACAGCAAGAGAUGCCAGCAUCGCUCUGCGUCAGACAUAAAAAAAGGAUCUAUCCAACAGAACCUCUCAGCCAGUGCUACAGAUAGCCAAACCCCGCAGGAUGACGAGAGCAACUGGGGCAUCAUGUCGCUGCCCUCUGUACUUCCUAGAAGAGUGACAUGUGAGUGUGGUGUGGGAUUCACUUCUCCAAAGCUCCUCCUGGAGCACCUGCAAAAGCAUGCACAGGAGUCGUACACAUGUCCAACAUGUGGUGAAACUGUUAGCUCCUGGGCUGAUUAUGAAGUCCAUUUGCAGAUACACAUGCAUCCACACAACCAGCUGCUGAAGGGACUACAGCCAUCCCAACCCCUGCUGCUUCGAUUUCAGCAACAGCCAGUUCAGCCGCAGCAGACACCAGCUGCUCCUCCUGUGUGUCAGCCUUCACAUGAGCAGCCACGUCUACUGCAUCUUCCUAAAAAGAAACCGCGGAUUGUGUGCACAAGAUGCGGCAACACUUUUUCCUCUCGCUGUUCCCUUUGGCGGCACGUCUCCUGGAAUCGUUGCAAAGGAGCACAGGUUUCAAAUUCCGCCGCAAAUCCACCAAAAACCUACCACUGCUCCAACUGCAACUCCGACUUCCCCAACUCGAUCAGUCUUACGUUUCACCAGAGGAGUGGCACUUGCAAGCCUGCCGUGAAGCCUGUGCGUUGCCCUUCUUGCUUCCGCUGGUUUAACACUGUGGUCGGUUUGCAGAGGCACCUGCUGACUCACAAACGGUCCGAAUACCGCUGCGAUAUCUGUCAGGGAACGUACGCAAACCUUAAGUCACUCAAAACCCACCGCAGAAAGAUUCAUCACAUAAUGGCAACAAAUGUCAUUCAACAGACAAAAGAAAACUGAAUAACCAAGAGAACCGAUGGGGGUCAGAUGUGGAUUGGUACAUACACUACAAAGCAUCUUUAUUAUAAAUGUGUUUUUUGUACUCCUCCUUCCCACCCACCCCUUUAGCUGCCAGUUUUUACAUUACACCACAUGUUGUGCAGGAGGUAAUGGGAUGUUUUUAAAAGGCUCAGACUCAGUUUGAAUUGUAAAAUUUGUAAAUUUUGAUAUGCUGUAUAUUUUAGUUGUAGUACACCAAUCAUUACACAAGCUCUUCUAGUUAAUUUAAUGUUGGAAAUAUUAGUGUUCAAACAUGGAUUACACAGAUUGUGAUUAUAGUACGUGUGUGUCCCUGGUGUUAAUAAACUUCCUAGUACAUGA